AUGGCUGUCGCCGACGAGCGGCGCGCAACCGCGGGAAAGAAACCCACCAUCGCGUCCCGGGUCGCCUCCAUCUGCGCCAUGAUCGACGAGCACGUCGCCACCGAGACGCCCAUGAGCGCCAGCCGAGUUGCCGCCGUUUACUCCAUGAUCGCCGACGUCGCCAACGCUGCCGCGGAGGCGAGGAAGAUCGGCAGCAGGAGGAGGAAGCCCUGCCAGGGCAUCACCCGCCGCUACGAGUACGAGGAGUUGCGCAGUCUCGGAGAUGGCUCGACCGCCGACGUCACCAAGGCGCGCCACCACGCGACCGGCCACACCGUCGCCCUGAAGACUAUCCGCGAAGACUGCUGCAGCGGCGCCGGCUAUAUCCUGCGGGAGGCCUGUUUCAUGGCCGCGUGUCACGGCCACCCCGCCCUCCUUCGUCUCCAUGGACUCGCGCGCGAUCCGGACACCGGGGUCUACUCCCUCGUCAUGGAGUGCCUCGGGCCGUCCCUGCACCACGUCCUCCGCGAUCGCAUGGCCCGCACCGGCCGGCCGUUCCCGGAGGCCAACGUGCGCCUCAUAAUGAGGCAGCUGCUGUCCGGCGCGGAGGAGCUGCACAAGAACCUCAUCAUCCACCGCGACAUCAAGCUCAAGAACAUCCUCGUGGCCGUCGACGGCGCCGUGAAGAUCGGCGACUACGGCUCGGCACUGUCAAUCGCGGGGCAGAACGCCGACGACGAUUACUGGGCCGCCGGAACGAGGAAGUACUGCGCGCCGGAGAUGCUGCUGGAGAAACCGGGCUACGACACGCUCGUCGACACGUGGUCCCUCGGCUGCGUGAUGGCGGAGCUCCUCACCGGGGAGGCGCUGUUCAAAGGGCGCUGCGACUCCGACCAGCUGCAGAUGAUCUACGACGUGUUUGGCGUGCCGGGGAAGAGGGAGUGGAAGCCAUACGAGUCGUCGUUCGUGGCUGACAAGGUGCCGGUGUGGCGGCGAGAGCAGGCGCAGCAGCGCCGGCGAGGACAGUGGAACGGCAACCGGCUGCGCGAGCUGUUCCCGGAGGAGCUUCUGUCCAAGGAAGGGUUCCAGGUUCUCAAGGGGCUUCUGGCGUGCAAUCCCAGCAAGCGGUUGGCGGCCGCCGCCGCGCUCAAACUUCCGUGGUUCGCUCACAAUGACGAUGCUCCGGUGGGAUUAUAG